CCAAACACAUUCUUCUUCAAUACAAAACCAAAAAUUCCCGCCCGAAAACCACAAACCCAUUGCAGAUUAAAAAUCCACCGAAAAAAGGAAAAAAAAAUUAAAAAAGAAAAAAGAAAAUGAGCCAGGGACAGCCAAGGAGGGACGAACAAGAACCAAUAAAAUACGGCGACAUUUUUGGCGUUCAUGGGGAUCUGGCCGACAAGCCCAUUGCACCACAGGACGCGGCCAUGAUGCAGACAGCAGAAACGGCGGUGCUCGGACAGACUCAGAAAGGAGGUCCGGCAGCCACCAUGCAAGCAGCCGCUACCUGGAAUGAGAGAGCUGGCGUCGUUAGACAUACUGAAGUUUCGGACGCCGCUGGAGGUCAAGGCGUCACCGUCACGGAAACCGACGUUCCCGGACGUCGCAUAAUAACUGAAGCUGUUGGCGGACAGGUAGUUGGGCAGUCUGUUCAGCCAACGCCAGUGCAGCAGGGAUCAACAACAAGCGCCAUAACUAUAGGAGAAGCACUGGAAGCGACAGCGCAGACAAUGGGAGAUAAGCCAGUGGACCAGAGUGAUGCCGCGGCCAUUCAAGCCGCCGAGGUUAGAGCAACAGGUGUUAAUGUUGUUACCCCUGGUGGGCUUGCUGCCACCGCCCAAUCCGCCGCGUCUUACAACGCUGGAAUUGACAAGGAUGAUAACAAGGUCAAGCUCAGAGACAUUCUCACGGGUGCAACGGCAAAGCUGCCGGCAGACAAGGCAGCAACUCGGCAAGACGCUGAAGGAGUGACAACGGCGGAGCUUCGGAACAACCCGAAUAUGUCAACCCAACCGGGAGGCAUAGCUGCAUCAGUGACAGCUGCUGCAAGGCUCAAUGAGAAUAUGAAUAUAUGAUCGUCAUUGUGAUUUCCUAUGUUUUUCUUUUACUCUUAAUAAGGUUGCGUUACCUUCCCCUUUUUUUUUUUUUUUUUUUUUUUGUGUGUGUGUGAUGAUCUAAAAGCUGUCGGUGGAAAUAAUAAACAUAUGAGAUGUAGCUGACUGUAAGAUCUCUCUAUAGCUAUGUAGCUAAUGUAAAUGGCUUUCUAUUUUGUUCUUCCUUAA